GUCUUCCGGCGGGAGCUGUGCAGCUCCUUAUCAUGGGGACAAUUCAUCUCUUUCGAAAACCGCAAAGAUCUUUUUUUGGCAAGUUAUUACAGGAAUUUAGACUUGUAGCAGCUGACCGAAGGUCCUGGAAGAUACUACUCUUUGGUGCAGUUAACUUGAUAUGUACUGGCUUCCUGCUUAUGUGGUGCAGUUCUACUAAUAGUAUAGCUUUAACAGCCUAUACUUACCUGACCAUUUUUGAUCUUUUUAGUUUAAUAACAUGUUUAAUAAGUUACUGGGUAAUGGUGAGGAAACCUAGCCCUGUCUAUUCAUUUGGGUUUGAAAGAUUAGAAGUCCUUGCUGUAUUUGCCUCCACAGUCUUGGCACAGUUGGGAGCCCUCUUUAUUUUAAAAGAAAGUGCAGAACGCUUUUUGGAGCAGCCCGAGAUCCACACGGGAAGAUUAUUAGUUGGUACUUUUGUGGCUCUUUCUUUCAACCUGUUCACCAUGCUUUCUAUUCGGAAUAAACCAUUUGCUUAUGUCUCUGAAGCUGCUAGUACAAGUUGGCUUCAAGAGCAUGUUGCAGAUCUUAGUCGAAGCUUGUGUGGAAUUAUUCCGGGACUUAGCAGUAUCUUCCUUCCCCGAAUGAAUCCAUUUGUUUUGAUUGAUCUUGCUGGAGCAUUUGCUCUUUGUAUUACAUACAUGCUAAUUGAAAUUAAUAAUUACUUUGCUGUGGACACCGCGUCUGCAAUAGCCAUUGCCCUGAUGACAUUCGGUACCAUGUAUCCCAUGAGCGUGUACAGUGGAAAAGUGCUACUCCAGACAACACCACCCCAUGUUAUUGGUCAGUUGGAUAAACUUAUCAGAGAGGUUUCUACCUUGGAUGGAGUUUUAGAAGUCCGAAAUGAACAUUUUUGGACCCUAGGAUUUGGCUCAUUGGCUGGAUCAGUGCAUGUAAGAAUUCGACGAGAUGCAAAUGAACAAAUGGUUCUUGCUCAUGUCACCAACAGGCUGUAUACUCUUGUAUCUACUCUGACUGUUCAAAUUUUCAAGGAUGAUUGGAUCAGGCCAGCCUUACUGUCUGGGCCUGUUGCAGCCAAUGUCCUAAACUUUUCAGACCAUCACAUAAUUCCAAUGCCUCUUUUAAAGAGUACUGAUGAUUCGAACCCUGUCACAUCAACUCCAGCUAAACAUAGUAGUCCACCUCCAGAAUUUUCGUUUAAUACCCCUGGAAAAAAUGUGAGCCCUGUUAUUCUUCUAAACACACAAACAAGGCCCUAUGGUUUGGGUCUUAAUCAUGGACACACACCCUAUAGCAGUAUGCUUAAUCAAGGACUUGGAGUUCCAGGAAUGGGAGCCACCCAAGGAUUCAGGACUGGUUUUACAAAUAUACCAAGUAGAUAUGGAAAUAACAAUAGAAUUGGACAACCAAGACCAUGAUGUACUCUAAUUUAUUUUUAUGAAGAAUAUUGACUCCUAGGCUUCCAAUAUAUUUAGUAAUUCAACUUUGCAUUGACUGUUCAAUCAUUUACACGAAAUGUUAGAGAAUAGUAGGCUUGUUCACAUUUCAUGAAACCUAUAAACUAUAUUUUUGUAAAAUGUUUUGUGGCAGUGAGAUCCUUGUAAAUGUUAUAGUCUUUAAAUAGACUUCCUUUAGAAAGCGUGUUUCUCUAAAUUUGAAUUUUGCUAUCCUUGGUUUUGUAGCUGACUGCAAUGUGAUACGACCCUACUUUUAUUAAGAGAGCCACUUCAUGGAGUGGAUCUAUCACUUUACUAAGAAGACAAUAUUUUCUUUAGUGAAAUUUAUAAACAUGCUUCUUAAAUAAUAUACAUUUUAGGAAAGGACAAAAAUGCCAUUUGAAAAGUAAAAGGCUCUUUUAUAGCUUUUCCAAACUUACUUGCUACAUUUUUUCUUUGAGGUCUUCCUGAAUUAUAUCUUAUAAAGUAAGCAAAAAUUUUUAUCAGAAAUUUUGGGAUACGUUCUACUAUGUAGCGCAAUUUAAAUUUUUGAAUCCAGAGUUUUCUUAAAAGUUUUUCUCAUCAUUUAUAAGUUUUAACACAUUUGUAAAUAAUCCAUAGUGCCCAGUGUUUUAAUUGGUUCAGUGAAUAUCAAACCUUUGGUGAAAUGCAGUGAAAGAAUCACAGGUUUCUAUAUUAUAUUUAAUCAAAUACUGACAUAAUAUUUAUCUCUAACAAAUUUUAAUUGGUUAACUUUUAAAUUUCUCAUUUUAUUAACAAAAUAUGUCAAACAUGUUACUCCAAAUAUUUGGAAUUCCAGACAUCAUAUGGAAUUUGAUAUCUUUUCAAAUUUGCCUAAGGAAUUUGACUAUAUAUUAUAUCAUUUUGUAGAAGUAUAAUGGAACUUCGAUUAUAGAAUACAGUAUUGUCAAGUCUGCAGUGAGCAGUUUCUGGCUUUUUUUGUUUUACUUUGUUAAAGAUAGUGAAUUGUUAACUGUGAUGAACAGUGUGAAAAUCAUGUAGAUUAUAUAAUUUUUUUUGGUUAUUUUCCAAAUGCAGAUUUUAAAGACUUUCCAAUGUGGCCAGUAUUUCUUUCAAAAAGUAUAACAAGUAGCACUCACACAUUACCUGCAAGGCUUCUUUUUGUUUUGUUUUAUUAUGUGUUCUAUAAUUGUGGUUUUGAAAAAGCAUUUUGAGAAUAGAUUAAAGUUUUUCUGGAAUCCGGAGCUGGAGAUUUAUAACUUUCCCAGAUAUCAACCAGCUAUAUAGACAAGAAUUUUGUUUUAGUAGAAUUUGCAACAAUUUCUUCAGUCAACUUAUUCUCUUUUAAGUAAGGACAACACUUCAAAAUCCUUUCUUUACAGUGGAAUCGCAGACAUUCAAGAAACCAUCUCUGUCAAGCAGAAUUGUAGUCAUUUGUGGUAAUAAGUCAGCAUGUUCUAAAUACCUUUUGCUUAGUGAAGAGUGAUUCAUUGUCUUUGACAUCUGCAACCCUGUUUGGCCACUUGACCCAAUGAAGAAAAAGAUCCCAGGCUACCUUGACUACUGGAGUAAAUGAAAGCUUGUAAAAUGUCAUGAGGCAACCUUUUCCUGUCCUUUUUCGGAUGUUCUCCAACUAUUUCUACGCCUAUUGGUCUCCUGUUACUGGGUGAUUUUUCUUCCACUGACCUCAUCUAACUGUGAAUUGGGGUCAUAACAUGAAAUCUGAAGUACUGCCAUGUGCUGAGUGAUAAUUAAGAGGUAUUUGCUGGGACUUGGGGAUGUAGCUCGGUAGUUGAGUGCUUGCCUAGCAUGCACAGGCCCUGGGUUCGAUCCCUACCACUGCAAAACAAAAAGUAUGUGCUACCACCCCAUACAUGUCUUCUCCAUCCCCAUGGGAUUUUAAAAAGUGUUCGGUUACCAACCACAGCUCUGUGUGAGGUUCUAGGCGUGCUUCCUCAACACUCGUUCAGAGGCAACACCUGCACAGCUAUCCCAUCAAAGGUGCUUUAAUACCUGUACUACUUGAGAAAGGACACUCAGUGACCUGUGGGUUGUGAAGGAACUGGCCCCUCUUGCUGAAAAUCAGUAAUGCCAAGUGUUGCAGGUGAUGUUGGCCUGUGUGUUAUUAGAAGUGACGUCUUAGUUGCCAAGCUCCAAGAAACAUGACCAGCUCAGGCCUGUGUAGAGCAGCCUUACUGGUAAAUCCUAUCACAGAACCACUGGAAGCUAGACAAAGAAGGAAAAAUCAUUUCAGUGCUUGGCCCAUGUUUGUAAUCAAGCUCAAUGGAGUGUGAUUAACCCUGUUUUUAAAAAUCAAUGUAUUAUGGAAAACACUAGCUAGGAGGCAAGAUGCUAUGUCAAUAGUUUGUAACUAGGGUCAAGUUAGUCAUUUAACUUCUCUGAGCUUUCUUAUUUGUAAAAUUAGGGAGAGCAGUGAAUUUGUUUAUUUGUAAAAUAACACCUCAAAAACUUUAUGACUAAAUCUGCAGAAUAUGUGCCCAAUUACUAAACAAAUUUUGUGCCCAGAAUUUCUGUCUAGUGACUACCUCAACACACAGGCCAAGUGUUGCCUACACCAACACCCAAGCCAUUAAUUUGAGGUGCCAUGAAAACGAAAGGUGAAUCACAGGCUAAUACCACUUACAUUUUGUUUUUCAGAUUUGCCUUGACUUAAAUCUGUAGAUUAGAAAGAUUUUUCUUAGACUUUUUUCUUUGUGGGGGAGGUAGAAAAAAAUUAGGGCAAGGUAUUCUUUGCUUCUGUGGGGUACAAAAGAAUGAGAUACAUUUUUCCUUUCUUAGUUUUUGAAAUCACAUGGAAUUACAUACAAUGAAUAUACCAGUUACUGGGAGAAGACCUAAUUUCAAGCCUCUGAUUUAGCUGCUUGUAAAUUACCAGUUUUUGUUUGACUCAAAAACGCUGCUCUUUUUUGGGAGUCUGAUCUGCUUCUAAAUGAGAAAGUUACAUUCCACGUUGUUUGAUUUAUAUUGUUUGAAUUAAAGAGCAUAUAUGAAGUUUUAGAUAA